GGUAUAAGUCAUUGUUGCGAACUGUUCAGACCAACUAGGUGGCCCAAGUUUCCUCCCGCAUGCAAUGAAAGAAAUAUCAAUGCCGAAGUGGAAAUUCAUCCUACUGUUGACCGUUUAUGGAAUUAUCACAGUUGCUGCCCUGCUCGGCAGCUAUUUCGUUCUAAGAGCGUUUCACAAAUCUCGCAAACUGCGAACAGCUUCCAACAACAUUCUGGUGAGUUUGUCCAUCGCCGACGGCUUACUAGCGAUUCCCAGCAUUCUUGAUAUCAUCCAGAUGAGCCUUGAGUAUAAUGGUGGGCAUCCUUCACGUAUUCUUAAAGAAGUAAGCGGAACUUUCACCUUGUUUCUCCUUUCGGUCAUUGCUCUUCAUGUUACCUUGAUGAGUGCAGAACGUUUCAUCGCCAUUAAGUUUCUCUCAAGAUACCACACCGUGACCAAACGCCGGGCACGGAUCAUUUCCAUCAUGAUGUGGCUGUGGGCUAUGGCCGUUGUUGUAGCUCUUCCAGAGGUGCUUCUGAGGAUAUCAGGCAGCAAAGAUUUCAGAAAAUUUUUCAAUACUAACUCCCAAGUGUUCCGCAUCAGAUGGCAUCUUGUAUUCACAGCUGCGUCAAUGUUUCUUGUCCCCCUGUUGAUCAUUUUAUGCACAAACGUCUACAUCUUCACGGUGUCCUACAAGCAGAGACAACAUGUCAGAGAACAGGGUCGCGACACUCUAGCCAUGCCCAUCAUCAUACAUGACAAGAAAGUUGUCCGCUUUUUCAUCACUGUUGUAGCGCUGUGUCUGCUCAGUAUCAUCCCUAUGCUGGUUGUUACUUCCCUCCGAGCCUUCUCUGGCAAAUCACUUGGAGGCUGCAAACAUCAAAUGCCACUGCAGAAUAUCGUCUACGACGUGGCCAUGUUUUCCAAUGCCAUAUGCAACCCUCUUAUAUUUCGAUGGAAAAUAAAGAAUUCAGAAAAGUUUUUCGCGCGAUGCUGAAGUGCUGCAGAGUUGCUUCGAGCACAAACGGUGUUUAAGGCGUUGUAGGCCAUAUCGAAGAUUUAGAUAUUCCUUUCUUUAAGGCGAACUGGCUAAGUAUCAACAGUUGUAUCAAGUACCAAACGAUACUGUAGUGUAUUGAUUAUCGUAGUAACAGUUAUGUUCUAUAAUGGCUAAAAUCUGUGAAACUACCAAAUGAUGUACAAGUAUUACAGCACAAAUGUGAAAGUACUCAGACACUAAGUAAAAGUAGAGCAUGG